UCGCUUAUGUUAUCCUGCUCAGAGACGCUCGUGCGGAGUCGCGUUGUCUUUUUCCACUUCAAGUGAACACAGCUUAACUCUUUGUUAAUUAUAUAGAUUAUCGAUAAACCGAGGACCUACUACUAGACCAGGAAUUUUAAGAUAAGCCGGUAAUAUUGAGUAGAAAUAUAAAAGUUAGCGAUCUAGCUGCAGGUAUGUAGUUAUGACGCUACGUUGCUAACUACUAAUCGCCGAGGAAAAUGUCGUUUUACUUCCUUUAACAGAUAAACUGCUUUGACCUAAAUGCCUCCCGAAUAUAAACCUGACAGACUCGGUUUUGCCGUGGAAACUGUUUUGAGAGGAAAUAACAUUGGUUAGCUUGCUACGUGUUAGUUCACAGACUGCAUAACGUUACUGCAUUACAUGGAAUUUCUCAUUUACUAACUUACAGAAGUCGUUAUCAACGUAUAUGCUUGAUUACGUUAACCCCGAAUCAGAUUGAUAAGUCUUUCAAUACAUAAGUGUCAGGUUAAAAUAACAUGUAAGGCAUAUGAAUGCGAGUACUGAAUGAUAGUGAGAUGCAGAAGCGGUGAGGAAGAGAUCAAUGCCUUGUGUGCUGGAGGAUGAUGCGGAUGAGCUGGAUGAUCACAGUCAUUAAUAGAAGAAUGAUGAAGAUCCUGAUCGCCCUCGCUCUUAUUGCCUACAUCGCCUCUGUCUGGGGAACCUAUGCAAAUAUGAGGUCUAUCCAAGAACAAGGGGAAAUGAAGAUUGAGCAGAGGAUAGAUGAGGCAGUGGCACCUCUCAGGGAGAAAAUACGUGAGCUUGAGCAAAGUUUCACCCAGAAGUACCCACCAGUAAAAUUCUUGUCUGAGAAAGACCGAAAAAGGAUUUUGAUCACAGGUGGGGCUGGAUUUGUGGGUUCCCACCUCACUGAUAAACUGAUGAUGGAUGGUCAUGAAGUGACCGUGGUGGAUAAUUUCUUCACUGGCCGCAAACGGAAUGUAGAGCACUGGAUUGGCCACGAGAACUUCGAGUUGAUCAACCAUGAUGUGGUGGAACCUCUUUAUAUCGAAGUUGACCAGAUAUAUCAUUUGGCCUCCCCUGCAUCACCACCAAACUAUAUGUACAACCCUAUCAAGACUCUGAAAACCAACACCAUUGGUACCCUGAACAUGCUAGGCCUAGCCAAGCGAGUCGGAGCACGCCUGCUCCUUGCCUCCACUUCAGAAGUAUAUGGAGACCCAGAGGUUCACCCUCAAAAUGAGGACUACUGGGGCCACGUGAACCCUAUCGGCCCACGGGCCUGUUAUGAUGAAGGGAAGCGGGUUGCAGAGACCAUGUGUUAUGCCUACAUGAAACAGGAGGGAGUGGAGGUGAGGGUGGCUCGGAUCUUUAAUACCUUCGGGUCUCGCAUGCACAUGAAUGAUGGGCGAGUGGUCAGUAAUUUCAUUCUGCAGGCUUUACAAGGAGAGCCACUGACGGUUUACGGGCCAGGGUCUCAGACGAGAGCUUUCCAGUAUGUUAGUGAUCUGGUGAACGGGCUGGUGUCUCUGAUGAAUAGUAACGUCAGCAGUCCGGUCAACCUGGGAAAUCCAGAGGAACACACCAUAUUGGAAUUUGCUCAGCUCAUAAAGAGCCUAGUAGUGAGCAGAAGUCAUAUUCAGUUCCUUCCAGAAGCUCAGGAUGAUCCACAGAGACGACGGCCAGACAUCCGUAAAGCUAAAAUGCUUCUGGGCUGGGAGCCGGUGGUGCCGCUGGAAGAAGGCUUGAACAAAACCAUCCAAUAUUUCAGCCGAGAGCUGGAGCAUCAAGCCAACAAUCAGUAUAUUCCCAAACCCAAGGCUGCACGAAUGAAAAAAGGCAGACCCCGACACAACUGAAGAAUUGUGUUCAUCUCAGGGAUGCUGGAAUACUGGCGGACUUUACAGAGUGGGUUUCCCUACCCCCUCAAAGAAAAGUUUUUCUUCAAAAAGAUGUGAUUUUUUUUGCAAUCUUUUGAAAAGCAGCUCCGAUACAGAACUGCUCUAAAGAGUUUUUUCUCAGUCAAAUGUGCCUCAGAUAUCGAAUUUACAGACUUGGCCUUGCACUUAGUUUUGUCAGUCGUCUGUCUGUUAUUUAAAAUCAGCUUAGAUCAUGUACAUUUUUGUUCUUGUGUGUUUACAUUUUGUGUUUUAAUUGAUGUGACUUUUUUUAUCAGUGUCAAACUAGCAGUGUCUUUUUGAACGGAUACCAAUUUAUUAUGGCAAUGAUGUUUUGUGACUUGAGAUGUUGAAUGUGGUCUGGAGCAGGAAAUGUCACCCAGGUCUGCCAUAAAAGAUUUGAGGACAGAUGGAAGAAAAGUUAUUUCUGCGUUAAACUUUGUGGUGAUUUCAAACAAAAUCUGUUACUUCACAUACAGAACUUUGAACCUCUAAUUGAUUUCAAGUGAAAAGGGUAUUUUAAUAAAAUAUUUACUGUGAUUUUCAAUCUAUUCCUUUCACUUUCUCUGCCCUCUGUUACAGAAGCUGCUGUUGCUAUCCAGACUAACCAUGCAAGAUAUAUUUAGCUGAACGUAUAUGCUUGUGAAGAAGAGUUUUUAAGAAUACUGCAACAGGUUUUGUUUAGCCACUGAAAUACACAUAGGUGAUUUGGUGAUGACAGCAAAAACAAACACAAGUCAGAAACCUGGGAGUGGUGAUUGACGAUCAGCUUAACUUCACAGAUCAUGUUGCCAGCACCACCCGGUCAUGUAGAUUCAUCCUCUACAAUAUUAGGAAAAUUAGACCUUUCCUAUCCGAGCAUGCUACGCAAGUCCUAGUCCAGGCUCUUGUUCUGUCCAGACUCGACUAUUUCAAUGCACUACUGGCUGGACUUCCAGCUUGCACAACCAAACCUCUACAGAUGAUCCAGAAUGCGGUGGCAAGAGUGGUCUUCAAUGAACCGAAGAGAGCGCACGUCACUCCUCUCUUCACUAAGUUACAUUGGCUCCCUAUAGUCGCUCGAAUCAAAUUCAAGACUCUGCUCCUGGCCUACAAGACCACCACUGAUUUGGCACCCCCUUACCUUCACUCAUUAAUGCAAACUUAUGUACCUGCCAGAGCCCUACGCUCUGCAAACGAACGACGUCUUGUGGUGCCAUCCCAAAAAGGUAAAAAAUCUCUCUCACGUACCUUCUCGGGAUCGGUUCCACAUUUAUGCCCGUUGCUACAAGAUCGGCAGAUUCUGUAGCCAUCUUUAAGAACCGUCUGAAAACACAUCUCUUCCGUCAACACCUGACUGAUCAGUUCUGACUUCAAUCUCUUUUCUACUCUUUCAAAAAAAAAAAAAAAAGCUUGGCUCUGUAUACUGUGAUAGGCUAUAUGAGACCAGUUUUCUUUUAUUGCACUUAUGCUUUUUGUCGUCCUUAUGUUGUUCCAAUU